UCCCGAUCCUUUGUUACCGGGAACCUCUCGAAAGUUUUCUUCUAAACAGGUUCCAACGUUCAGUUUUUUGAUUUCGGGUUCAUUCGAUUUUUGUCUCGCGUUCUAGUCAUUUACACGCUCUGUUUGUGGUAGUUCUUCUUCCGCCACGGAUCUCGAGGGUGCAGGACGACAAGAUUUUGUGUUAUAGUUUCGAUAAAGAAAGCUUUUAACGAAUAAUACACGAAUCAUGUCACAUCAGACGGGCAUAAAAGCGAAUGAUGCUCUUAAAAAAUUGUUUGCCAAGUGCCGCGAUGGAAAAAUACGGGUCUUAAAAGUUUCGAUAGAAAACGAAGAAUUAACACCUGCUGCUUCCUCGAAACCGGUAAACAAGUGGCAAGACGAUUAUGAUAAAAUGAUCAAGCCAUUGAUCGUAGAGAAUCAGCCAGCUUAUAUUUUGUAUCGUCUCGAUACUAAAUCACCUGAUUCUGGUUACGAUUGGUUGUUUAUAUCAUGGUCACCUGAUACUGCCCCGGUUAGGCAAAAGAUGCUUUAUGCGUCGACUAAAGCUACUCUGAAACAAGAAUUUGGCACAGCAUCUAUAAAGGAAGAGUUGCAUGGUACUGUACCCGAAGAUAUAACGUUGGAAGGUUAUCAUAAAUAUAAAAGAAACGAUGCGGCUCCUGCGCCGUUAACUACAGCGGAAGAAGAAUUAGCAGAACUUAAGAAAAACACAGUUACUACAGAUUAUAGCGUAGAAACAAGGCACCAAACAUUGAGUGGUGUUGCUUUUCCUGUAACAGACGAAUCUAAACAGGCAAUCGUGGAGCUUGGUAAAGGCGUGCAUGAGUAUGUUCAAUUAAAGAUUGAUCUGGAAGAGGAGAAAAUACAUUUAGUUACAGCUUGUGAUAUUUCAUUGGAUAAACUACCAACAAAAGUUCCAUCUGAUUCAGCCAGAUAUCAUUUGUAUAAUUUUAAGCACACACACGAAGGAGAUUACAUGGAGUGUAUAGUUUUUAUAUAUAGUAUGCCAGGAUACAGUUGUAGCAUCAAAGAAAGAAUGCUCUACUCAUCUUGUAAAUCACCUCUUCUGGAUCUCAUUCAAUCACUCGGAGUGAACAUUACAAAAAAAUUGGAAGUAAAUAGUGGUGAGGAGUUGGCAGACAUGUUGGAAGAUCCUCCAACCAUAAAAGAAACAGCUGCAAUAACUCCUGCAACUCCAUCAACGCCCUAUGCCCUCACUCAAUCUAUACCAGAGAAAAAAUCAAAACAGAAGCGGUCUUGUGUCUUGAGUUAACCAACUCCAUGCAUUUUGCUGCCAUUACUCUUAAAUGUUUCUCGCAUAUUGAAGUACAUGCGAUGUUUUUAACAUUGGACAUCUUCCUUCGUAAAUUCUGAAUUUGUGAUAAUACGAUAUUAACAUUCAAUGUGUUAUUUAAUAUGAAAUGAUAUAAUGGGUUUCCAAUACUUCAAUUAGCACAUAUAGUUACACUUGUUCUGAAGUGAUUUAAAUAAGAAAUCUAAUGCGUCUUACAGAGAUAAAUUUUUAUUAAUUAGCGAUAUUUAUUGAUAUUUAGUAUUAAUUGGUCAGAGUGAUACGUAUAUCUAUGUAGCAAGUCAGAGUAGACCAGUGUAUUUUUCUAAAUUUUAAAAGCAAAAUUCUCAUGUUAAGACCUUAUUGAAAUGUCUUUUGACAACUACGAUAAAUUCUUGAUAAAUAUGAUUCUAUAAAAUGCAGUUCUUGUUGAUCCAUAAGUACUGCAAUGGAUGAUUGUUCAUACAUACUGGGAGUACCAUAAAAAUGCAAUGAAAUUCAGUUACUUGAUAUUGAAAGUGAAGCCUUCUACUGGAUUUUGCAUUUUUAAUUGUGUGUUCCGACGACUAACAAAAGCAGAGUUUGUAUGAAAGUUUCAUGAAAAUAAUAUUUCUGCGAUUAUAGUUCCUUUAUAGUAUUUCUUUAAUAUUUCAUGUAAUUUCUAUACUCGUAACGCUUACUUCUCGAAAACAUAAAAAAUCCAGUGAGUUGAUUGUGUGAAUUAGUUCCUAGUCCAAUGGAAAGUGAUAUCUAUUAUAAGUCUCAUUUUGUAUUAGUAAUUUUGUUAAGUAAAACUCGAAGGCUUGACUCUCAAAUUCAUUCAAACAUUCGUAUAGGAAUGAGCGAUAUAGACUAGAGCAGUGGUUUCUAAACGUUUUAGAAGGUGCCCCCCUAAAAAAAAAAAAAGAAAAUUGUUUGGGCCCAAGAUAAAUGGUAGAUUUAAAGUGAUAUAAGAAAAAUAUAUUCAAACAGUUGUUAAAUUCUGAUGAUCGAUGUAUUAAUAGAAAAAAACUGUUUAAGGUUUCCGCACCGUUUUACGUAAAAUAUUUUCUUUCACACUCUCUUUAGGGGUCCAAUCCCCAUUUUUGGAAAACACUGGACUAGAGUGUUUCAGACAAAUAUCUGUGGUAACCUGCAUACCUUAUGUGAUUAUUAGAGAGUUAGGGAAAAUUCCAUGUGCCCUAGCUAGCUGAUGCCACUUACCUAACUUCUCUGCAUAAUAUAAAUACAAGAAUAAUAUAGCAGACAAGUGAUAGAUGUGCAAAAUCUACAUUGACACGUGGAUAUAUUUUCUUUGCACACAAUUAUCAUUUUUUAAUGCAAGCUAGUGAUAAUACUAGUUACUUUAUAUACAUAUUAAAUUAUAUAUCAUGUUCUAUACUAUAUAAAUGAUACAAAACAUUAGAUUCCAUAAAUAUGUGUAUGAAGACUGAUCCCGGUAUGUCCCAUUGGCUGUAUAGUUAAGAAAUCGCACAAAGUGUUCAGAUUCGUAUAGAUAGAGAAAACACUUUAUAUAUUCCUUCCAUAUCUUCCAAUUAUUUAUUACUUAUUUAUUACUUCGAUAAUUCAAAACAUAUGCAACAGAUAAGAUGAAAUUUUUAAUUAACUUGUGUGUUCUUAAUGUUUUAAGAGAAAGGAAAAAGUUUAUGUGAUUAACAAACUACGAUUAAAUACGUUAAAUCGAUCAAUUAAUGUUGCACAGUCGAUUGUGAUAUGUUGUCAGUAUCGUCAAAAGGAAAAUGUAUUUUAAAAUUUCGUAUGAAGACAUUCCUUGUGUAUAAUGUAUAGCAAAUGGGACUAGAAUCUGAUAGCGAGCAACACGAUAUUCGAGAGGCAUUCUAUUUUUUGUGAUCUGUAUUUUUUUAACUCUGGUAGCUUUUUAUAAACUUUUUAAAAAUUUUCGUCCAAGAUACAAACGAACAAUUUACUGAAAGAGUUUGGCCUAAUUUUAACGAGAGAAAUGAUAAUAAAGUGCGCCAAAUUCUUGGUGUUAAACAAUUUAUGCACUGUAUUUGCUGUAAGAAAAUAUUAGCAAAAUGUUAAUUUGUAUUUUGAUUUAAAAUAUAUUUGAUAUACAGGGUGAGGCCCAACAAUUUUUCAGCCCCUUUCAAGUAACUAAUCAGUAUUUAACCGACAAGAAAUUGCAGUUGCUUAAAUUUAAAAACAAAUCAAUAUUCGAUAAAAAAAAUUAAGGUCACUGUUACAUUUUUAAAUGGAACUAGGUAUUUUUAACUUCACAGUAUUGUAGGCGACGUCGAGACGAAUUCAACGACCUGCUACACUAUGACCUUCAGAUGACAUUGAAAGAAAAAUUGCCAUGAAUCGAUUGCCACAAUAUUUGAAAUUAUUUGGCGACACAUGACACUAAGGCCUCGCAUUUGGACGUAAACAAAUAGAACGUAAAUAUUACGAAUGCUCAUUUAUUCAAUUUCAGGA